UCAGUUCCUCUGCUCGCUCUAUCCUCAUUUCAUUUGGAAUCUCCGCCUUUGCUCCUUAUCUUCUCUUUUAUCUCCCUUUCUUCAACCAUGGCUAACGAUGACUCGCCAACCCAACUCACUGAUUCACAAAAAAACUUCAUGCCUCAGCCAGAACAAGUGCAAGAGAAAGAACAAGGAGGCCCAGAUGCUGAAAAGCGCUCCUUGUUAUCCCCAGAUUCCGAUUCUGAUUCAGAUUCAGAUUCAGAUUCAGACUAUGACUAUGAUUAUGUGCCUGGCCAAGACGCCAAUGUCUCCUACACCCGCCCUGGUGAGGAGCCGCCACCGUCGACUAACACACCGGAAAUCAAUAUUGCUCUGUUUUCGGAAGCACUGGACAGCGUGAAACAGAAGCAAGAGGAAGCGGACCGCAAGUAUAUUAGUCGCGAGGAAUUAUUUAAUUUUCCUAAGGACAAUGAGGACUGGAGAGAGGAGGAUUUGAAAGAGCUGUGGGCGGAUGCUCCAUUGGAAAUGACGAAGCCCGGGUGGGAUCCAGUGUGGGCGGACGAGGAGGACUGGGGAAUUAUGAUGAAGGAGAAGAAGGAAGGGAGAGACCCACCCAUUGCUCCGUUCUAUCUUCCUUAUCGGCCGCCAUAUCCAGUUAUCCCUGAUAACAAUUUCGAUGUCAGAACUCCCAAGGAUGUUGUUGAGGAAUUGGAUAGAAUUGAGGAGUUUCUUACUUGGGUUAGCUACAUUUUCCCUGAUGGGAGCUCGUAUGAAGGCACUGUUUGGGAUGACCUGGCUCAUGGCAAGGGUGUCUACAUUGCAGAACAAGGACUUGUAAAGUAUGAAGGUGAAUGGCUUCGGAAUAACAUGGAAGGCCAUGGAGUUUGUGAAGUGGAUAUACCUGACAUUGAACCUUUGCCUGGUUCCAAGCUUGAAGCAAAGAUGCGUGCUGAAGGGCAUAUAAUAUCUAGAGAUUUUAUGUCCCCGGAAGACAGAAAAUGGCUGGAGAUGGAUAUUGAGGAUAGCAUUCUUCUGACUCGGGGGCAGUAUGAAAUACCUUUUUAUGAGAAUGAUGAGUGGAUCAGACAAUUUGGGGAAAAACCGGAAAAAGGUCGGUACCGAUAUGCUGGUGAGUGGAAGCAUGGAAGGAUGCAUGGAUGUGGAGUCUAUGUUGUGAAUGAGCGUAUGCUAUAUGGUAGAUUCUACUUUGGAGAAUAUGUGGAGGAGGCAACAGACUGUGAUGAGAACAUUUCAGCGUUGCAUGCAGGAAUAGCAGAAGUAGCUGCUGCUAAGGCUCGGAUGUUUGUUAACAAACCAGAUGGAAUGGUCAGGGAAGACAGGGGUCCGUAUAGUGAUCCUCAACAUCCCUAUUUCUACGAGGAAGAAGAUGUGUGGAUGGCACCAGGUUUCAUCAACCAGUUCUAUGAAGUCCCCGAUUACUGGAAAAGAUAUGUGCAAGACGUGGAUCAGGAAAGAGAAAUGUGGUUAAAUUCCUUCUAUAAAGCUCCACUGAGAUUACCUAUGCCUGCUGAGCUUGAGCACUGGUGGUCAAAUGAUGAGGAACCUGAAUUUGUUAUUCUUAGCAAGGAACCAGAACCUGAUCCUGAAGACCCAUCAAAGCUCAUAUACACUGAAGAUCCUGUAAUCUUACACACAAAAACUGGACGAAUAAUCAAUUACAUUGAGGAUGAAGAACAUGGGGUUCGUUUGUUUUGGCAACCUCCUCUAAAAGAUGGAGAAGAUGUGGAUCCUAAAAAGGUGGAGUUCCUACCUCUAGGUUUUGAUGAUUUUUACGGAGAGGAGACAGUGCAAGAAACUAUGUGGCAGCGUCUUCUAAAAGCAGUGGAAAAUGCAGUAAAGCCAACGCUUGAUAAACUAGAGAAAUGGACUAAAGAGAAGAAGAAAGAAAGUGAGGUCAAAAUUAAGCUGCUUGAAGAAGAACUUGCACUGGCAGAGGCUGAAUUGUCUCUGGAAGAAGCCAUUGAGGACAUGGAUGAGGAGUUGAAGAUGCAAGAGAAAGAGGAGGAGGAGGAGAAGGCAGAAAUAGAUUUGCAGGAGAAAGAGGAUGGUUCUGUGUCACCUGAUCAAGAUCAGAAACCUGUAGCUGCAGAGGAAGAAGAAGCCGAGGAGGAGGAAGAUGAUGAGGAUGAUGAUGUUACACCAUCAAGUUUUGGGUCUGUAGGCCAAGUUGAGAGCUCAACAAAGAAUGAUCAGCAGGGAAAAAGACCCGGUGAAACUCCUUUCUCUUCAUGUUCAUUGUCAUUUGCUUCUUCUAGCCUUCUUUCAGCUGUUCCGUCUGGGAUACAACAAUCCUUUUUGGCUUGGAGGAACAGAUUGCCAGAAAAGCCAACUUCUCCCUUGCAUGCAGAGGGCCUUAAUGUCCUCCCAGGAGGCGUUAAUUCAGUCAGUUUUCCCAUAAUCAUUGGCCAAAAGGGACGCUUGAAAGCUAAAAACCAUGGGAAUCAAACGUUUCGAUCAAGAAAAUCCAUCGGAAAGAUGUCUCAGUUACAUUCGUUGUCCCGAAUUCUUUCACUUACUUCAGCUUCUCCAAACCCUGAAAAGGGACUAAAGGCUUCCAGAAACCAGAGCCAUACUUGGCUGCAUGCAGCACCAGAGAGAGAUUCAGACAGCAUAUUGUCAUUGCACAUCCAAGUAUAUUCUUAAGAAUCACAAGCUGAAACAGCAACGUGUGAGCCUCUUUCCCUAUAAAUUUGAGCAACUUUCUGAUUUUGAAAGAGGCCAAUUUUGUAGACAGCCAUGUUCAUUGUUUUGACAAAAUUUUCACAUUUUCUUUAACUUGUUUUAGGGCGAUGAAAGCAAGUCUGAGCAGAGAAAAGUGCUGCAACUCUCCAUCUUUUGUGUAUUUUCACUCAAUAAUACUAUAAUUGUCUCCUAGAUUUUUAAGGUUAUGGGUUUAAAUUGGAAUUUGAGCUCAAUCAAUGUUCAAACUGGGACUAGAGAUCUAUCAAUGCCAAAAAAGGGAGAGAAAAAAAAGUCCCAGAAUUAUUUAUGGAAUGAUUCUGUUGUCACAGAAUAAUGGUCCUGAAAACUUCCUUGGUCUUUUC